AACCUAAUAAGCUGCUGGUUCUUGGUUUUGGCUUGCCUAGCAACACACGUAAAUACUGUACCCGCUGAAAAAUCAAAUUUGAUGCUAGAUUUUACAUCAAAUGAAAUAUAUACCCACUUUUUUAAUAUUGUAUUAACAACAUAAUAAGUAGCAAUGGAAGUGGAAGCUAUUUCUCUAGCUAAUAGAUAUCCUGCUAACACUGCACAAGAAUUCAAUGUCUUAGCUAGACCUUCAAGAGAACCAGUGGAAGCUAUUUCUCUAGCUAAUAGAUAUCCUGCUAACACUGCACAAGAAUUCAAUGUCUUAGCUAGACCUUCAAGAGAACCAGUGGAGAAGGGACCAAAAGUGUCAUUCAUGACUACUUUGGAUAGGGAGUUGUUCCCUACUAAAAUGCCCCAGAACAGAUUUGGGAACGAGAUCUGUCCAUUGAGAGGAGCCCCACACAGAGGGCCUGGGUGCUAUGAGAAUGAGGAGAAAACAAACUUCUGGUAUGAUAUAGAACAUAAGAUCAACUCUACAAAAGGUUACACGUUGGGAGCUAGAACAGGUCCAAGACUUCCAAAAGACAAUAUCGAACCAUUAUCACUAAUGAGUACAAAGCUUGACUUAAUGGACUCUGAUACAAAGAUCAAUGCUUUACAAAGACAAAGCACUGCCUUAAUGUUCCAAACUCCUAGUCCAACGGCAUAUCAGACAACAUGUACAGAUCUCCGUGAGUUUGAUAGGUCAAACAAGCCUUUCCUGGUCGGAGCCGACAGGUUUCCAGUAUACAGAAGAGAUAUAAAUGAAGUAUUACCUGGACCUGGAGUGUAUGAACAUGAUAUAAGAAGAAAUCGACAGGUACAGUGGCAUCAGUCGUUUGGUGGAACCCCAAUCAUGAUGCCCACUAUACAGGUCCGCAGUAUUAUUGACCAAAACACAGAAAAGCUGUACAGUACAAAAGAGGAGAAGAAAUACAAUAGAAAAUUAGCAUAUAUGAAGUUGUACUAUGAAUAAACUGUGAUAUGUUUUAUAUAUCCUUAUUUUGUUAGAAAUAUUUUUUAAAAGAAUUGUACUUGUGCAUACCCUUAAGAAUACAACAUGAAUACUUGUUA